UCAGCCUGUCAGCUCUGAGAUGAGUGCUGCAGAGCCUGCAGAGGCUUUUGUGGGCAUGCUCAGUACCACAGACAGACUGCAGGAAGAUAAAAAGCUCCAAGGAAAAUGUCUCAGAAUUGUCUCCCCCCGGUCUCCUGCUAGGCUUCACUGCUGCUAUGCAGUGAUCAUCGUCCUCACUGCAGCUGUGAUUGCACUUUCUGUGGCUCUGUCAUUGUCAGUAAAAAUGACAGAACAGGUCGCAAUCAAAAAUACAUAUGCUGUUUGCCCAAGAAACUGGAUUGGAUUUGGGAGUAAAUGUUUUUAUUUUUCUGAAGACACAAGCAACUGGACAUUCAGUUGGAAUUUCUGCAUGAAACUAAAGGCACAGUUAGCUAAAUUUGACAACAUGGAGGAACUGGUAAGAAAGGAUCGGAAUUGAUUAGUUUGUUCUAUUGAAUAUGUAUUGCCUUGAGAUAGACUAUUAAAAGAUGAAGCAUGAGGAAGGAUCACCCCUUGCAGAUGGAGACAUGGGGAACACAUGAUUGUGUGCCAUUUACUGAUGGUAAUAUUUCUGAUUGGAGUCCUCAGACAUUAAUGAAACAUUAUCUCAUGUGGUGCUCAUAGUCAACCUGGAAGGUCAGAUAUGCCACUUUACUAAGAUACCUGCUGGUGAUGAGCAUUUUUCUCCAAGCUAACAAAGGCUGCAUCCUGAAGGUGACAACUGUUAAUAACUGCAAGGGCAGGCUUAACCAGGAACUCACCCAGCCAUGAAGAAUAUGUAGUUACACUUGGUACUUUAAUUCAAAUGAGGUACUGAAGAAUUAUGACUGUAAACUGGAUCCACUGAGAACUGAGGGCUA